AUGGACCAAAUCACCGCCCGACCGAUGCACCAGCGAGCCGCCGCCGUCGCAUUCAUCGCCUACGCCGCCUACCGUAUCAUAAGAUGGACCUAUCGCAGACUACUAACGUUAGCCUGCAUGUCGCCUAUCCCCUACGGCGCGAGAGCAGCGGCGCCUCUAAUCGUCUCCUAUUCGUUGGAAGGCGACGCCUACUUUCGCGCCGACGGCUGUUCCCAAGAGGUCGCCGCGAGGCGCAAAGCAGGCGCCGACAAACUCUCAAAACGGUUCGACGCGUUAACUGGUCCCAGAGGCAAGGCGCUAAACGAGACGCUGAUAAGUGGUCUGAGCGACAUCCGCUUCACCGAUACCAAUAGGGUGCCCGUCCAGUUCCAGGCGGAGACGCGGAAGCGCUACCAAGUGGCCGCUGUCACAUCAAGUUCAAAAGGGUGUGUGUUGAUAGACGUCGACGGCGGUCAAUCGAUAGACGUCUCCGGCUCCUACGGCGUCAACGUCUGCGGUUAUGAUCAGUACAAGCAGUUCGUGGAGCGAGGCUGGGCGCGCGUCAAGGAGUUGGGUCCCAACGUCCUGGGUCCCGUGCAUCCGAUUAUAUCAGACGUCCUACCGAAGCUCAAAACUAUAUCAAAUAAAGAAGAGGUCUCCUUCCACAUGUCCGGCACGGAAGCCGUCAUGUGCGCCAUUCGGUUAUGUCGCUUCAACACUCGUAGAAAGCUCAUCGUGCAAUUCGCUGGCGCUUAUCACGGCGCCGACUCAGCGUCAAUUUCCUUCGAUUUCUCAACUUGAAGGUCGCGUCGACGGCGUCGUUUCCGCGCAGGCUGGUGGGACGGCGUCCAGCCCGGUCCUGGGAGUGAGAGAGCGAAUUCCGACGUGCUCUACCUCAAGGACAUGCACCCCACCGCUUUGAAAUGCAUUGCCGCUAGAAGUGAUGAAAUAGCGUGUGUCUGCGUCUCGCCUUUACAGGGCCUGAAUCCCGGGUCUCCUCCACCUUCCGACCUCGUGUUAUUGGACGCCAAGGUGCGAAAGACCGCCGAGAAAGGCAAUGCUUACAAAAAGUGGCUCCACACGCUCCAGCAAGUCUGUCAGAAAAAUGACGUCCCAUUGUUAUUUGACGAAGUUUAUACUGGAUUCAGAAUGGCUCCUGGAGGGGCCCAAGAAUACUAUGGGGUCAAUGCCGACGUCGUCGUGUAUGGGAAGACGCUUGGCGGCGGCCUGGCGAACGGCGUCGUCUGCGGCCCCUCUCGCCUGAUGAAGCGCUUCGACGAGACGCGGCCGUUACGCGUCGCUUAUGUUAUUGGGACAUUUAGUGCGGCUCCCCUCACCUUAGCGUGCAUGGCCGAGUUCCUGGACUGGGUCUCGCGUCCCGAAACGCAACAAAAGUAUGCCUUGGCUACUUCUCGUACCGAUGCGUGGGUUCAUUCUGUGAAUAAGGUGUUGGCUGAAGAAUCGUUACCGAUGCGCGUCGACAACCUCACGACGGUCUGGACCGUUUUAUUUACCCAACCAGGACGCUACCACUGGAUGUUCCAGUACUACCUAAGGGCCGAAGGGUUGAGUUUGUCUUGGGUCGGGACCGGCCGGUGCUUGUUCUCGCUCGACUUUUCGGAGGAGGACUACGAGAAGGUGAAACAAGCUUUACUGAGAGCGGCUCGUCAGAUGAAACAAGACGGCUGGUGGGACGGAGACGCGUCCGCUUCCGACAUCUCCAAAAUCAUCGGCAAGGAGAUGGCCUGGCAGAUGGUCGCGCAGCGGCUCGCGCGGUAGGUCGUGGAGUUGUCUAUAAG